UUCGCUCGUCAUUGUGGAGGAGGAGAAGAAAAAGAACAGGGUCUGUAAAGCUGAACACUCAGAAAUCUGUGCUGUUUCUCCACAGACUAAAUCACUAUUUAAACACUGGAAAUGAACGAGUUAACGCGAAUUAACGCGAGUUAACGCAGUUCUGGGAGCAGUGUGUAGAUCUGCUGUAUCAGAGGAUUACUUUAAUCAACCGGAGAUCCAGGAUCUGGAUCCGAUUCUCUCAGAGAAAAGAGAAAAGGAGAGAGAGAGAGAGAGAGAGAGAACUCUGGAGUAAAACCCUGCUGAGCUUCUCUGAGGAACGUUAGAUUAUAAGCUUUUUCAGUUAAAACCCCAAAUGAAUCAGAAGGAUUGUGUUUUUAAUAUCAGGCAGGAGAAUGGGUCGACCCUGAAUCUUUAUUUUCAUUGACGGUCACAGUUUAGACACAAACACACACACACACACACACACACACACACACACACACACACACACACACACACACACACACACACACACACACACACACACACACACACACACACACACACUUCAUUAGAGCCGUGGGAUCUGCUGAAGCUCUUCAGUCGAUGGCGUUUUUAGUGAAGAAGAAGAAAUUUAAGUUUCAGACACACUUUACUCUGGAGGAACUGACGGCUGUGCCCUUCGUAAACGGAGUUCUGUUCUGUAAGAUCCGGCUGCUGGAUGGAGGAGACUUCGCCGCAUCAUCCUCCAGAGAGGAGGUCCGGGAGAACUCGGUCCGCUGGAGGAAGAGAUUCUCCUUCGUGUGCAAGAUGAGCGCCAAUCCCAACACCGGCGUUCUGGACCCCUGCAUCUGCAGAGUCUCUGUGAGGAAGGAACUCAAAGGAGGAAAAGCUUAUUCAAAGCUGGGCUUUGCUGAUCUGAACAUGGCGGAGUUUGCUGGAUCAGGCUCCACAGUGCGCUGCUCUCUACUCGAAGGCUACAACACCAAGAACACCCGGCAGGACAACUCCAUCCUAAAGGUGACCAUAGAGAUGACCCUCUUAUCUGCAGACCCCUGUUUUAAAGCUCCUCCCAGCACGGCUAAGAGUAUCUCAGUUCCGGGUCGAGAGCCGUCUCUGCACCUCGACCGUAAAGGAGAGGGAACAGCGGUGGGUUCAGCGUCCAAACCCAGACCCUCCAUCCUCAGUUCAGGUCUGCCGGAGGAGGGUGAUCAGAGUCGGGCGAACGCAGACGAGACCUUUCACACCGGGCACUCCCGUAACUCCAGCUACGCCAGUCAACAGAGCAAGCUGUCGGGUGUGUGUUCAGGCUACAGUACAGAACACUCCUGCUCAUCCAGUCUUUCUGACCUGACGCACCGCAGGAACACCUCCACAGGAAGCAGCGUCAGCGCUGACGUCCCCUCAGAGAGCGACUGUCGUCCUGAGAGACCCCAGCGUCCCCCGCGGCCCGUCCUACCGUCCAGCAGACCCUUACGGAGGAAGCAGGAUUCUGUGGAGGAUCAGCCCACCUGGGUAAACGACACUCGGAUCGAUGCUGAUGACGUCGUGGAGAAGAUCGUUCAGAGUCAGAACUUCGCUGAUAACAGUAAUAAUGAAGACAGUAACCUGAGACUGUUCGUCAGUAGAGAUGGAACUACAUCAUUAAGUGGAAUUCAGCUUGGGAACCGGGUCACUGCUGGAGUGUUUGAGCCGGUGGUGAUUGAAAGUCAUUAGAAGCUUCUCGUCCACCACUGAAGACUUGUGUUCACCACUGGAGGAUGAGUUCCAGUACGAGUACACUCAAACCACUACUGUGCACCAGAGCACCACAGCUUCUCACACUUGACUAAGUUUUUUAUUUUCACUAUUAAAUCUGUUCACUAUCAAGUCUGUUGAUGCAGACAGAAAGUGAGGGAUGUUUUAUUAGGGCUGUGAAAUCGACACUCAGUGUAACUUUUUAACCAAAAAGUGCUUUAAAAACACACGACCACUACCACUGAUGAGGUUCAUCACCUUAAGCACUAUCGUUCUGUGUGUGAUUAUUAUUAUUAUACGUGUUUAUUUGAACUGGAACGCUCAUACAGGUCGAGUUUCUUACUGGGAAAAGUCGGGAGAGCCCUAAACAGCCCAGAGUAUUAAAAUCAGUAGUAUUAUACAGUUUAUUAUCACUUAUUUUAACUAAUUUUUAACCCAUCCCUGCUGAUGAUGUAGCAUUGCCGAGUAGCAUCACAGCGCUAACGCUCGGAGAAAAGAGCAGCGACUCUGGUGGUUCUGAUACAGCAGCUCACAGACGCAGCCUUGUGCUGAUCCACAUCACCCUAGGAGUGAUGAGGGGAAAGAGAGAGCGCCAUCUACUGUACUGUACCCACCCAGAGAGAGCAAGAACAACUGUGCUCUCUCAGGGCUCCGUCAGCUGAUGGCAAGCUGCAUGACUGGGAUUCGAACCAGUGCUCUCCUGAUCAUAGUGGCAGCGCUUUAGAAUGCUGGACCAGUCAGAGCCCCUUAUUAUCACUAAUAUCACUUCUUUCUAUUAGUAUGUCAGUAAAUCAGCAUCUGAGAUUAACAGAAAGCAGCAGAACUAAAUCAUGAGCUUAUAUGAAUUUUCUAAUUUAUAUAGUCUAAUGAAUUUAAAGCAGUAUUCCUGGAGUACCAGCUGGUCUGAGUACUGUGAGAGGAUGAACCGCUGUCAGGAAUCAGCACUUCUGACUGAUCUCACUGCAGCAGACAGCGUUUUCUUUUUUUCUUUUUUUAGAUAUAUAUGUGUAGAGGAGCACCAUUGGUGGUCUUGUUUUGUUUGUGUGAUUAUUUUUCAUGUGAUUCUUUAUAAAGCUCUUUAUAAAUGUCGGCAGGGUGACAGACCACCAGGUAUACUUCAGCA